AUGAGACUACUAUCGGCAUUCGCGCUGGUGCUUGCUUUCGCCACCGUGGCGCUUGCAGAGGAAGAGGUCAAAACCGAAGAUGGUGUGUUGGUUCUGACUAAGGAUAACUUCGAUUCCGUCAUCGCCAACAACGAAUUCGUGCUCGUGGAAUUCUACGCUCCUUGGUGUGGACAUUGCAAGGCUCUGGCUCCGGAAUAUGCUAAGGCCGCUAAGGUGCUGGCGGACAAGGAAUCCCCCAUCAAGCUUGCCAAGGUUGACGCCACCGUCGAACCAGAACUGGCCGAAAAGUAUGGCAUUCGUGGAUACCCGACGCUGAAAUUCUUCCGCAGUGGAUCCCACGUCGACUACACUGGUGGACGCGAACAGGACACGAUUGUGUCGUGGUUGGAGAAGAAGACUGGUCCCGCUGCCAAGGAGCUUGAAACGGUCGAGGCUGCAGAGGAAUUCCUGAAGGAAAACAAUGUAGCUGUGGUUGGAUUCUUCAAGGAUCGCGAAUCGAAGGAAGCCAAGGCAUUCAUGUCGACGGCCGUCGCCGUUGAUGACUAUCCGUUCGGUGUGACGAGCAGCGAGGAAGUGUACGCCAAAUACGAAGCCAAGUGUGGCUCGGUGGUUCUGUUCAAGCAUUUCGAUGAAGGAAAGGCCGUGUUCGAAGGCGAAGCUACCGAGGAGGCAUUGAAGAAAUUCGUCACCGCCCAGGCACUGCCCCUGAUUGUUGACUUCAGCCACGAAACUGCCCAAAAGAUCUUUGGCGGGGAGAUCAAGAGCCAUCUGUUGUUCUUUAUCUCGAAGGAAGCCGGACACUUGAAGGAAUACGUCGAACCGGCCAAGGAAGUAGCUAAGAAGUUCCGGGAACAGAUUCUGUUCGUGACGAUCGACGCUGACCAGGAGGAUCAUACGCGCAUCCUGGAGUUCUUUGGCAUGAAGAAGGAUGAGGUUCCUUCGCUACGCAUCAUCCGCCUGGAGGAAGACAUGGCCAAGUACAAACCCGAAACGAAUGAUCUGUCCGCCGAUAAGAUCCUUGAGUUCGUGAAGUCGUUCCUGGAUGGCAAGGUGAAGCAGCAUCUGCUGUCUCAGGAUCUGCCAGAGGAUUGGGAUAAGGAGCCGGUUAAGGUGCUGGUGGCCACCAAGUUCGAUGAGGUUGUUUUCGAUAAGACCAAGGAUGUGCUGGUUGAAUUUUACGCUCCGUGGUGCGGACACUGCAAACAGCUCGUUCCGAUCUACGACAAGCUUGGAGAGAAGUACAAGGACAGCGACAGCGUAGUCAUCGCCAAGAUCGAUGCCACUGCCAACGAGCUCGAACAUACCAAGAUCUCGUCGUUCCCGACCAUCUAUCUGUACCGAAAGGGUGACAACGAGAAGGUGGAGUUCAAGGGCGAACGCACGCUGGAAGGUUUCGUUAAGUUCCUGGAUGGUGGAAAGGAUGAGCAGCCAGAGGAAGAGGAGAAGGAAGACACACCGACAAAGGACGAGCUAUAA